AACCCUCAUAAAGCUAACUAGCGGCUACUACAUUGAGCCCACACGUGUUGAGGAGGCGGGAAAACAAAGCACAUCGGCGCCGGAGAGACUGAGAGAGAGAGAGAGAGAGAGAGAGAGAGAGUCAGAAACCUUCGCUCGCUAAUUAGCUGCCAUCGCCAAUGGGUAUCAAGGGAUUAACGAAGCUUUUGGCGGACAAUGCGCCUAGCGCCAUGAAAGAGCAGAAAUUCGAGAGCUACUUCGGUCGGAAAAUAGCAGUUGAUGCAAGCAUGAGCAUUUACCAGUUCCUUAUUGUGGUGGGGAGGACUGGGACUGAGAUGCUCACCAAUGAAGCUGGUGAAGUCACUAGCCAUUUGCAAGGGAUGUUUAAUCGAACCAUUCGUCUUCUCGAAGCUGGAAUUAAGCCUGUGUAUGUUUUUGAUGGAAAGCCUCCGGAGUUAAAGAGACAAGAGCUAGCCAAACGUUACUCCAAGAGAGCCGAUGCAACUGCAGAUUUGAGUGGUGCAAUUGAGGCAGGGAACAAGGAGGACAUUGAGAAGUACAGCAAACGAACUGUGAAGGUGACAAAGCAACACAAUGACGACUGCAAAAGACUCUUGAAACUCAUGGGGGUGCCCGUUGUUGAGGCCACUUCCGAAGCAGAAGCGCAAUGUGCUGCACUUUGCAAAGCAGGAAAGGUGUAUGGUGUGGCUUCUGAAGAUAUGGACUCCUUGACUUUUGGAGCUCCUAAGUUUCUUCGCCACCUGAUGGAUCCUAGCUCCAGAAAGAUCCCUGUCAUGGAAUUUGACGUUGCCAAGAUUUUAGAAGAGCUUCAACUUACCAUGGAUCAGUUCAUCGACUUGUGCAUAUUGUCAGGAUGUGACUAUUGUGAUAGCAUCCGUGGUAUCGGAGGGCAGACUGCCUUAAAGCUCAUUCGCCAGCAUGGCUCUAUUGAGACUAUACUCGAAAAUAUAAACAAAGAAAGGUAUCAGAUACCCGAGGAAUGGCCAUAUAAUGAAGCUCGUAAACUUUUUAAAGAACCUGAUGUCUUAACUGAUGAAGAGCAGCUCGAUAUCAAGUGGACCUCUCCAGAUGAAGAGGGUAUAGUUCAGUUUUUGGUGAAUGAAAAUGGAUUCAACAUAGAUAGGGUAACCAAGGCGGUAGAGAAAAUCAAAUCUGCCAAGAACAAGUCAUCCCAGGGAAGGUUGGAGUCAUUUUUCAAGCCAGUCGCUAGCUCAUCCGUGCCUGCUAAAAGAAAGGGUACCAAAUGCUUACUCCGGCAGUAUAAACCAGCUAUCAGCAAUAAAAUGUCCUCUGUGCAUGCUUUUGGAUGUAACACCUCCAAUAACAUUGUUAGCCUUAGGCUGUUCCCUCUAAUCCCGGGUUCCAACCUCUCUGUUCAAAUGGCUGGAGCUGGCAUAUGCACAAGAUUCUAAAUAUCAUGGAAAUCCCUGAGAGUAACGCUAAAGGAGCAGCAAAUAAGAAAACUAAGGGAGGUGGUGGGAGGAAGAAGAAGUAAAUCACCGUCCAAGUUGUAACAAAAUUGUAUAAGUUAGUUCGUUUUCUGCUGCAAAGAUCUGGGGGGAGAAGAUCAAUAAACAGUGAUUGUUAUUCCUAGGUCUAAGUGGUCUGUUUGCUUCUUUGCUUUUCUCUGUUUCAGUAAUCAUUGUUAGACUCUGCUUUCGCAGUGGUAGAAAACCCAGUCAGGUUUGGACUUCAUUUGCAUCUUUAUGGUUUAUGUGAAGUUGUCAACUUAUGAUCAUGAGUUGUAAAAAGCUUGUGAUAUUCUCUUACUAAUAUGAGAACUCGAUGUGAUGUAAAA